AGAGGUGAUGUUCGGUGAGUCCGCGGAGUUGACGGAAAUGUCAGUUAAUGGUCCCUUCCUGUAUGCGCAGCUCUCCUUGACGAUGUGCGUCUUUGCGUGAGAAAGAGAAAGGAAGAGAGAGUUUAGGGCGGGUGUCGCUUCUCCCACCGGACUAGAGCUGCAGCAGGCUACGUUUGGAGGGUGGAGAAGAGUACAGGAAGAGACAGAGGGGCGGCUGGGACUCGACUGAAAGAGAGUGGGACGUUUAAUUAAGUGUUUCUGCAGAUUACUUUCUCACCAUGGGGAGAACAACUAAGAUGGCAUUGCAGUAAACCCGGACAAGAGACGAGAGGUUGCAGAAUACGAAGUCGCAGGCAGCAACACAAAACCAGAUCUUCUUUUCGUCACGCCGUCGUCUCUUCUUCCACAGUGCUGUACAUGAUUGUUUUCCCAAGAAGACAGUAGCGACGAACGUCUCGCUCUUCCUUGUGUAAUUCUUACCUUUGACUCUGACCCUUGACCUUUAGCUCUAAGAAUGAGCAGUUUGGUAGCGAAGCUAGACCCACGGAGGGUACAAUGGCGCUCGACGUGGAACACCUUUACGUCACGUGUCCUGAGGACCAAACCUGUGGAAUCCAUGUUGGAUUCGGCCGUGACGGGCACCGGGGAACACGGGACCAAACUGGCCCGGGUCUUAUCUACAGUGGACCUGGUGUCGCUGGGCGUGGGCAGCUGCGUCGGGACGGGGAUGUAUGUGGUCUCGGGACUGGUCGCCAAGGAGAUGGCUGGUCCCGGGGUCAUUGUGUCCUUCAUUAUUGCCGCGGUGGCCUCCAUACUGUCAGGAGUGUGUUAUGCAGAGUUUGGCGUGCGGGUGCCCAAGACCACAGGUUCGGCCUACACCUACAGCUACGUGACCGUGGGCGAGUGCGUGGCGUUUUUCAUCGGCUGGAACUUGAUUCUGGAGUAUCUGAUCGGCACAGCGGCGGGGGCGUCGGCUCUCAGCAGCAUGGCGGACUCACUGGCCAAUCACACUAUCAGCAACUUUAUGAUAACACACAUCGGAACGCUCAGUGGCUUGGGUAAAGGGGAGCAGUCGUACCCAGACCUGCUGGCGCUGCUGAUCGCUCUGCUGGUGACGGUGAUCGUUGCUUUGGGAGUGAAGAACUCUGUGGGCUUCAACAACGUGCUGAACGUCAUCAACCUCGUAGUGUGGGUGUUCAUGAUGAUCGCCGGGCUGUUCUUCGUCAACGGAGAGAACUGGGACGAUGGGAGAUUCCUGCCCUUUGGCUGGUCUGGGGUGAUGCAGGGUGCGGCCACCUGUUUCUAUGCCUUCAUUGGAUUUGACAUCAUUGCUACAACAGGAGAGGAGGCCAAAAGUCCCAACACCUCCAUCCCCUAUGCCAUCACUGCCUCACUGAUCACCUGCCUCACUGCCUACGUCUCUGUUUCUGUGAUCCUGACUCUGAUGGUGCCGUACAAUAAGAUUGACGCAGACGCCCCGCUCAUGGAGAUGUUUGCCGUGCAUGGCUGUAUGUUCGCAAAGUAUAUUGUGGCGGUUGGCUCCAUAGCAGGACUCACUGUUUCUCUCCUGGGGUCCCUGUUCCCUAUGCCCAGGAUCAUCUAUGCCAUGGCGGGAGACGGGCUGCUGUUUAAGUUCCUGGCCAAUGUGUCUUCCUACACAGAGACCCCUGCUGUUGCCUGUGUGGUGUCAGGCUUUCUGGCUGCCCUGCUGUCCCUCUUGGUCAGCCUCAGAGACCUCAUAGAGAUGAUGUCCAUAGGAACCCUGCUGGCCUACACCUUGGUAAGCCUGUGUGUGCUCCUGUUGCGUUACCAACCUGAGAGCGACAUCCAUGGCUUUGUGAACUUCCUCUCUGAGGAGCAGAACAACAAGAGAAAGGAAGGCGUUCUGGCUGAGUGCGAGAAAGACGCCUGUUCACCGACAAGCGAAGCAGAUGAGUAUGGAGGUCCGGCCACUAACACCUGUGGAGCCAAAAACCUGCCGUCGCUGGGCGACAACGAAAUGCUGAUAGGCAAACCAGAUAAAACCGCCUACACUGCCAGCCACCCAAACUACGGCACAGUGGAUAUGACCACCGGCAUCGAAGCAGAAGAGUCCGAGGGAGGGCUGUCCCGGCGGUUGAAGAAGCUCAUUGGACCACGCUACUACACCUUGAGGAUCCGAUUGGGCCUCCCGGGAAAGAUGGACAGGCCAACCCCCGCCACGGGGAAAACUGUUACUGUGUGUGUGCUGCUCCUCUUCAUUUCCAUCUUCGCUUUCUGUUCCUUCGUCAUUUUUGGAGCAAACAGUAUCGGGGAGGGUCGCUGGUGGGCUUUGCUGCUUUUAAUCUUCUUCAUCAUCUUCCUUGCCCUGCUCGUCAUCAUCAUCCUCCAGCAGCCAGAGAACCCAAAGCGGCUGCCCUACAUGGCGCCCUGUGUGCCCUUUGUACCUGCUUCAGCCAUGCUGGUCAACAUCUACCUCAUGCUUAAACUGUCCGCCAUCACCUGGAUACGAUUUUCCAUCUGGUGCAUCGUGGGCGUGAUCAUCUACUUUGGCUACGGCAUGUGGAACAGUAAGCUGGAGAAAGCGGCCAGAGAGAACGAGGUGCACGCCUCCACCUACCAGCGCUACGAUCAAGGUGUGGACGAAGGCUUCUGCGGCUUCGACGACGAUUUCUACCCGCCUACCACUGACCCCUGGGCUGCGUCGCAGGGGGGAUCGGGGCCCACCCCGCCCCCUGCGGCAAAACCCGAAAGUGACGGGGCGCCAUCGAAAAGUGGAGCCAGGACCGUUGCCAAUCAAAACCUCGCGGAGGAGGAUCCGAUGGAUUUCUGAAGGGACUGACUCUGUGUUACCCUGAAUGUACUGCCUUGUCUGCUGCCUGGGGAAAGGGAAGGGGAACACGUGUGAGCGCAUGAAUGAUUGUGUGCGCGUGCGUGUGUGCAUGCCUGCAUGUGUGUGUGGUUUUUUGUUUGUUUGUGUGUCUAACCCUUGGGCUAGAUAGUUUCUUGACAGUGACCUCACCUUACUCACACCCCAGUUCACACAUUCAAAUGAGGACGUCAAGGUCAAGUGUCUUGUCACAGUCACUUGUUAUUCACUUACUGGAGUCCACGUCCCACGCAAUCAAAAGCCAGAUAGGAAAGUGUCGACGUAGCACGAGAUACAAUAAAAUGUGGUUCACCGUUAACUGCAUAUCUACGAAUGUACGGGAUAUAGGGGAGGAGAAGGUGGUGAGCAAGGGACAGAUGAAUCAGCACCUCUCUUCCUGCUUCGACAAAGACAGGCAGGAAAAGUUAGAUGACAGAAUGCCAAACCCAAGCAAUUUCCUUUGUACAGGUCUGACUUUCUCUGCUCCUUUCAUUCUCACCACACAGGAAAACGUCUCCACAUGCUCUCGAUAACUCGAAAAACUUGCUUAGAAAUCAAAAACGUCUUUAAACAUUUCCCCCCCUGACCCCUAACAUCUAGCCCAAGGGAUUCAGAACUGGAUUGGGAAGAGGGUGUAGAUGUUUUUCUGUCACAAAUAGUACUUGGACUUUGCUUGCAAUAGUGCCUUCAUCUACAGUAUGUGUAUGUGAGUUUCUGAUUACGUCCGUUUUAUACUUUCAUUUUGCCUGAGUAUGUGUGAGGGUGUAUGUGCAAUCAAACUCCACCUUUUACAUUGAUACUCAUGUCUGUGUGCGUGUAGAUAUAAAGUGUGUUCUUCAGGUGGUUUCACUGUGUAUGUGUAGGUAUUUGUUAUGUUUAGUUAAACACUAAUCACUCCCAGCAUGAAGCUCAAAAUCAAUCCGCCCGCAACAAAGCAGCUCAUGGUGCAAUACAACACAUGCUUGUCAGCUCACCGGCGUACCUAAAGAGAGGAGAGAGCGUAACAGACAGAGAGAGAGAACACAGACUGAAUCCUAAUUGACAACCUGCAUGGUUUAUUGUGAUGAAUGUCAUAUUUUCAUGUGUGCUUGUCUCUCUGUUGUCUCUCUGUUGAUGCUUGUUUUUCAGGGCUGGGAAGAAAUUCAUUUUCAGUUCAUUCAAUUGAGGAUGUGGAUUCUCUGCAGAGCUUGUAUCUUUUUCUCCUAGAGAUGAGAACGAAAAUUAAGGACUGUACGAAAACGAUUAUUAUUGAGGAUUUUAUUUUGUUUGACAUUUUUGGGAGAGGAUGAUUUAAAGUUUUCCUCUUCUCCUAGAUUGUUAUUUUAUUUCAAUUUUCCUCAGCAGAUUAAGUUAUUAGUUAAUUGUUGGAUUAAAUUGUACCAAUAUUAUUGCAUUAUUUCUAUAUUGGGGGAGGGUAUUUCAGUUUUCUAAGUGUUAAAUAUGCUGUGGAUAGCUUUGGGUUACAACCCCCCCCCCCCCCCCCCCCCCCCCGCCCUCCUCACAACAAUAGUUUUCUUACAGUCCCUAACUGAGAAGGAUUGUGUUGUAAAUAAUUGGAGUUUUACUUGUACAUUGACUGAACUGAAACAUAAUCCCUCUCAUCCCCUCCUCUUCUUUUAACUCCUUUCUUUCAUUUCUACAUUUAAAUAUCCUCUACUUCCAUCGCUCCUUUGCUCUUCCAGCCUUCAUCAUAAUAAUCAUCCGGCCAUGUCAGCAGGGAGUUACCACCCUAAGUCACAAGUGAUAGAGCCGCGAUUGGUUUUCAGUCAGCAUUUGAUACGGCUAUCUAUUCACGGCCCGAUGACACAUUAGCUCCUGUUUCACCUCAGGGUGUCUGCUAUCUCUCUUCUGAUUUGUCACCGGAGCAUUUACUCCUCCCCCUGUGGUUCUGCUUCUGAUUCUCCCAAACUAGUCUGAGUGAACCUCCCACGCUUCCCCUUACCUCUCCAUGAAGCUACCGUUGAAGUCCCACUCUUUACAUGUCACACUGUCGCUGCACCCUGAAGAUAUAUUGUGAAAGUCAAUCAAAUCAAAUCAUGGUCCUGUAGAGCUCAGUGUGUGGGACAUUUAAGCGUACGCUGCCAAGGUUGGGGAUUUGAUUCCAUACUAAGAAUGUAUGCACUCAUGGCACUGUAAGGGAUAGUGGCACACACCAAAUAGCAUGUAGUUAUGUUAUUAUGUUGAGGGUGGGGGCACUUCUACAAAAGCUGCUGCUGUAGGCCCUGAAUGUCCUCCUUGUACCUUUUCCUCUUGCCCCCUGUUGCUGCAUCUGUCCCUUCCAGGGAAGCCUUAUUUGUCUAAUGCACUAAAUCUAAGGAUGCCACGCUAAACCCCCACCCUACCUCUGCUCAUCCCACAUCUAUCCCCCACUCAAACUACUUUCAUUUAGUAAAAGGCCCUUCGGUGUCGUCCAGUGAUUGUGAUACCCGUCCCAAAAAACAGCCCACUAUGACGAGGAACUACGCUCGUAUUGGACGAUUCUGCAGGUUGCUAAUGCAGGAAGGUGUCUGGUCAGUACUUCAGUCAGGCGACUCACAUGGAGGAAGGGAUUGUUAUGUGAGUGUAGAAUAUGUUUGGCACAAGGAAACAUCGAGCUCAGCGCAGCAGGGAGUGGGAUGUGGUGAUAAUAACCAACACCAGAAUAUGAUACUCACAACAUUGUUGUUGUCUGCACGGGUGUCAAAGAUCUAGAUUUUUAAAAAUAGUUGCGAUUGCACAUAAUCUGAACGCUUUUGCAGAAUUGUCCAAUAUCAACGUUCUGUCUGGUGAUAGGGUUGCAAAAAAAACAGCACAUCCUAAAACAUUUGCACACCAUAUCUCAAACACAUUCAAGCAUAUAUUACAUUGUAUAACACGACCCUCCUCACCCAGAUCACUUCCCAAAUCAGCAAAAAGACAUUUUGCAUUCAUUGCUACGCCAAAACAAGACAGCGAAUACAGGCGUUGCCACUCUGACACUGUACUGUACAGUCAACUUACUAUAGCCUAUUACCUGCUCUGUGAGUGUAUGCAUACAAGUGUGUGAAUGCAUGUACAGUGUGCGUGUGUGUGUGUGUGUGUGUGUGUGUGUGUGUGUUCGUGGUCUAUGCCUGCGCCUCAAUGUGACCGUCUAGUGAAUGUGUAGCAUGCUUUCAUGCACGAGGCCCAGACUGUAAAUGUGUACCUGCAUGUGGUGACUGAUCGCUACGAGACAUAAUAGAACACUAAACCAAACCAAAACGCAGGCCGACGUACUUCCACUACCUGGGAACGUUUGGCCUCUCCGCUCUGAGAGGAUUUAACGGGCGCAUUACAACCGAAUCAGCUUCGAAAACACCUUUGUUCGGAAUCCUCACCAGUGAAUUGAACUGAGAGCUAUUGUAGUCAAUGCAGACUCCUAUCACUUCUAGUCAGAUUCAAACCUUUCCGAUACGUUACAAUUCAAAAGUAUGCUUAAUGCAAGAUGAAUGCCACGAGCUAAGAAGAUUAUUAUCUUCCAAAUCUCUAAACUCACACAGUAAUCUCCUCACAUAGGAAUGGGAACCGUUUGAAAAGAUAGUAGAACAUGUAGCAAACGAUGAUUCCUCUCUCAUCCUCCUUCAAUCUUACAGUAUGCCUACUUCAUGUACAGUAUAUCCCUUUUCUCAACCACAACCUCUGCAAGCCAAAGUCAAUGUGUGUUUACUCUUCACAUACAGGAGGCCGUAGUUUCUUCAAAGGGAACACAUAAGAUACGACGGAGCUAACCAUUUUUCUUGGGGGGGUUCUGCUAGAAAGAACUGUGCAACAGUGCAAAAAUGAUACGUUUAAGAAAAGAAAAUCCUAGUUGCUAAGUAUUUCAUUGAAAGUGUUAGACUAGACGUCAUUGACUACAGCGGAUCAGUUUGUCCAGCAGUGAAAAAGUACAACAUUGAAGGAGAAAAGUAUUUUUCUACAGCUCCGAUCCACAGGUCCUCCUCGGGUGGGUGUGCACAACAGAGCUGGGUGGAGCUAUCAGCCUUCACUUCCUGUGUUUUUGUUUAAUCAUAAGGAGGCCGAGGAGAAAACUGCUCAAAUAUAUUUUUAACAACCGUAGUCUCGAGAAUGAUAACGUUCAUUUCUAAACCAUAAUCCUUUCCUUUUAAAGGAUUUCAAAAUGGUUGCUCUUGACGUAAAUAGGAUUGUAGAAGGUUUAGGAGUAGGGAGUACUACAGAAAACAUGCAGAAACUAUUUUAAUACAAUUCUAUAAAGGGUAAACUACAAACGUAUUCAAAUAUUGCCACUAAUGCUUUUAAAGUUGGCUACUGUUUGUUUAUUUGUCUCGGAGAAGGCGUGCCAUGUUCUUCUUGUGCUCUGUGUUCGCUGUGGCCAAGUGUCGAGUCAGUGUGUCCCCGACUUGCUGAGAUCGGCUUCUCUCGCAAACAACUAGAUAUUCCUUUUAUCUUCUGUAUAUUUUUGGCACAAAGCUGUAUAAUGUAGUUGUUUUUUAUGUACAUUUUUUAAUGGUUUCUUCCAUACGUGUGGUUCUUUUGCUCCUGGGUGCACUGUUUUUUGCUGAUUUGUUGAUAUUGCUUCCAUGCAACAAUGAAAGCUAUUUAUUGCAAAUA